UAAUCCUCCAUCUUCUCUCUCUCUUCUCAACUUUCCUUUCUUAAACACUCCUUCAUUUCUUGAACUUUCUCGCUUUCUCCCUUGUUCUAGCAACUUCCUUUUCCUCUUCAACUUCAUUGUUAUACAAUCUUGAUCCACAAGAAAGUGGCUAUAAUUGUAAGCAAAUGAAGAUACAGUGUGAUGUCUGUAACAAGAAUGAAGCCUCUGUAUUUUGUACAGCAGAUGAAGCUGCUCUUUGUGAAGCUUGUGACCAUCGUGUCCACCAUGUCAACAAACUUGCUAGCAAACAUGAGCGUUUCUCUCUUCUUCAACCUUCUACUAAACAAUUCCCUUUGUGUGAUAUUUGUCAGGAAAGGAGGGCUAUCUUAUUUUGUCAACAAGAUAGGGCUAUUCUAUGUAGAGAGUGUGAUCUUCCAAUACACAAAGCAAAUGAGCACACUCAAAAGCAUAACAGAUACCUUUUUACUGGUAUUAAGCUAUCAGCAAAUUCUGCUCUCUAUUCUUCUACACCAUCACCAUCAGCAGCUUCCUCUGCCAAUUCCUCUGCUUCAAGUUUCAAGUCUCAAAACCCCACAAAUAAGCCUGCAGCUGUGGAAACGGUGACGGUUGUUAAAGAGAAAGUUGGUGGAUGUAAUUCUCAAUUGGUGAAUGUUGGAGGAAAUAACUUAACAAGUAGUAUAUCAGAGUACUUAGAGAUGUUGCCUGGUUGGCAUGUUGAAGAUUUUCUUGAUUGUUCUACUCCUAAUGGUUCUUCUAAGGUAAAAUGCCUUAUUUUAAGGUUAGCGAUCUCACUUUUACAUAUCUUUCAGAUUGGUGAUGAGGAUAUGUUGUCAUUUUGGGAUACUGAUCUUGAGAGUCAUAUGAGUUCUUUUCCCCCACAAAAUAUUGGUGUUUGGGUUCCUCAAGCCCCUCCUCCUCUACAGUCAAAGCAGCAGACUCAGACCCAAUUUUUAUCUCCUUCAAAUUUGAACUUUGGUGGGCAAAUUGGGAUCAAGGACUCAAGAGAAGUCAAUAGCAUCAAGUCCAGUAGAAAGUGGAGGGAUGACAAUUCUUUUGCUGUUCCACAGAUUAGCCCUCCUUCCACCUCUUUCAAGAGAUCAAGAACUCUUUGGUAGAAGAUUCCGAUGAUCUUCUCUGUAUCGUUCCAAUUUUAUCGAAUGUCCGAAGGAUGACCAUGCACAAGGAUUAUAAGCACAAAUCAAGAAUACUGCAAUGAUCUUUUUUAUUUUUAUUAACUUGUCUGUCAGCUUUUUAUUUUCUUGAUUAGUUUGAACCUCCUCCUCCGUCCUCUCUUGAAAAAGAAAAAAAAAAAGACCCUCCUCCUUUUUGCUCCAGUUCAAUUGGCUUUGCUAUAGUUCUUGAAAUGUCUGUUGUUUUACAUCGUACUUGUCUAGUGCAAGGAUGUUUCUUGUGCUGUAAAUAUUUUUUUUUGUGAAUCCCAUGAAUGGAGCCUUAAAAUUAGUUAUUUGGAUC